UAGUCCUUGUUAGAAUUUAUAUGUGAAAUAGCAAUAUGUUAGUUAAUUUUAAUACUGUAGGAGCUAUGUAGAAGCUGGUCUUCAGUUUGAUUAUGGGAAUGUUCCAACUUUAGAUGUUUAUGCAGCAAUGUUGUCAAGAUCUCCAAUUAAGUACAUUGACAAGAUGAUUACACCAACAUUGAUUUUGUUGGGUGCUGUUGAUAUCAGAGUGCCACCUAAACAAGGUCAUGAAUUGUAUAAAGCUUUAAAGUCAAGAGGAGUUAAAACUAAGUUACUGCUUUACCCAGAUAACAAUCACCCAAUAGCAAAAGUGGAUGCAGAAGCUGAUGCGUUCAUCAACACUUAUCAGUGGUAUAUGGAAAAUAUCUAAGUCAUAAAGCACUUGAAGACAAAUGUGUGGGGCGGGGUCAUUUUGGUAUAAUUUCAAUGUCAAAACACA